AUGUCUAACCACUUACCAGCCGGAGCAGGCAGCGGCGGCGGCGGCGGACGCGCAGGGGAUUCCGGGCUUCGAUACCCAUCGAACGGCAAGACGAUUUACCACCGGCCGCUCAACCGCACUAAGACGGCGGAGCUGAGCAAAGCGGCCUUUGCGUAUUUGUUUGCCGAGAUGGUGUCGUAUGCGCAGAGAAGGGUGACGGGAAUUCAGGAGUUGGAGAAACGCCUCAACCUCCAAGGCCACCCCAUCGGCCUCAAACUCCUCGACCUCCUCCUCUUUCGCGAACCUCCUCGCACGCAACUCCGUCCACUGAACAUCAUCGCCCUCCUACACUUUAUCAAGAUCAACGUCUGGACGCACCUCUUCGGGCGACAAGCCGACCGCCUCGAGAAAUCCUCCAACCCCGACACGCCCGACGAGUUCAUGAUUAUCGAUAACGAGCCGCUGGUGAAUGCGUAUAUCAGUGUGCCCAAGGAGAUGAGCCAGUUGAAUUGCGCGGCGUUUGCGGCGGGGAUAAUAGAGGGGGUUUGUGAUGGUGCGGGGUUUCCGGCGAGGGUGACGGCGCAUACGGUUGGGGAUACCGGGGAGGGAGGGGAGAUGUGGCCUGGUAGGACGGUGUUCUUGGUCAAGUUCCAGCCGGAGGUGUUGGAGCGGGAGGCGUUGAUUGGGGCUAAGAGUUGA